UCAGGGAGAAUCUCAGAUUCAGACGUGUUCAACUGAAACAGGAGUUUGUGUUGAAUCAGAAAAAACUCCGGUCAAACACAAACCGCAGCUCGUUAGCAAAUAUGCUCCGAGCAGAGACCCGCUUAAUGAAGUGACACAUUUUCCUCCGAGUUAUAGUCGCACUGAGCCAACAUGGGGACUGCUUUUGCCAUUGCCCUGGUUUUUGUCGGAUGCUGUAGCAAUGUGGUGUCUCUGGAGCUGCUCGUCAGAGAGUUUCCAGGAUGCGGCAACAUUGUCACCUUUGCUCAGUUUGUAUUCAUUGCAUUAGAGGGUUUCAUCUUUGAAACAAACUUUGGGAGAAAGAAACCAGCGAUCCCUGUGAGUAACUAUGUGAUCAUGGUGACCAUGUUCUUCACCGUUAGUGUGAUCAACAACUACGCUCUCAACUUCAACAUCGCCAUGCCAUUACACAUGAUCUUCAGAUCGGGAUCACUAAUUGCUAACAUGAUCCUGGGAAUCAUCAUCCUGAAGAAAAGGUAUUCAGCGAGUAAAUAUCUGUCAAUAGCUUUAGUUUCAGCUGGUAUCUUCAUCUGCACCAUCAUGUCUGCCAAACAAGUGAAUGUGGCCAAUGAGGGAUCAGAGGAGCAAGGCUUUUAUGCCUUCAUGCACUGGCUUGUAGGUAUCGCCAUGUUGACCUUUGCUCUGCUGAUGUCUGCGAGGAUGGGCAUUUUCCAGGAGACACUGUACAAGCAGUACGGAAAACACUCUAAGGAAGCUCUCUUCUAUAAUCAUUGCCUGCCUCUGCCGGGCUUCCUGCUUCUCUCCACAAACAUCUACAAACACUGUGUCUUCUUCAGUCAGAGCACUCCUACAGUCAUUCCUGUGGUUGGAGUGACGAUGCCGAUAAUGUGGGUCUACCUGCUGAUCAACGUCAUCACACAGUAUGUGUGCAUCCGUGGCGUUUUCAUCCUGACCACAGAGUGCGCCUCGCUGACCGUCACUCUAGUGGUAACGCUGAGAAAGUUCCUCAGCCUCAUCUUCUCCAUCAUGUACUUCCAAAACCCGUUCACUGCGUGGCACUGGGUGGGCACAGUGGUGGUGUUCCUGGGAACUCUGCUGUAUACGGAGGUGCUGAGCAGCGUGUACACAGCUCUGCGUGGACCUGGCGUCAAGGAGAAGAAGGCAGAGUGAAGACGAGGAAGAGGAAGGGACUAGAAAAACAGCCACUGUAUUGGACUCGGAGAUUGUUUUUGGUUGAUUAUACUGCAGCGGUUUUAUACAGUUAUGUCAUUUUGUUUGGGUUGUGGUAAUUCCCUUACACACUCACACGCACACAGAGUUUACAGGAUAAGGCUGGUGAUAUUUUAUAUUUUAACUGUGUU